CAAAUAUCAUGACAAUAGAAAAAUAAAAAAUUGACACUAAAUUAAACAGUUAAAUUUUAUAUAAAUAUAUUGCAAAUAAAAUAUACAUAAAUAUAAAAAUAAAAUUUUAAACAUAAAAAGAGUAAUGUGUUCCACGUGCUUUUGUCCUACAUGUCCGGCGAUUCUUCCUUGUGGAACCGGACCGUGUAGGUAUUCUUGUCCCUGUCCGCCGCCGUGUUGCCAACCAUGUUGUCCCCCGCCGACUCCGUGUACACCGUGUCCACCAUGCAACUGCAGAGCAUACUUCAGACCGUGCCCCGCCCCUGUCAUACCGGACAUCGUGCCACCUAUAGUGCCAGUGCUACCUCCAUGCAGACCCCGUAGACUGCCACCCUGUGAACCUUGCCCGUAUCCUCCACCGAAACCAGUGUGUUGUCCCCCCGUCCUACCAUGUUGUCCUCCACCAGAACCAUGUGAAUGUCCUCCGAUACGACCUUGCCCUGAACCAACUCCUUGCUACCAGCCUGUUCUUCCGUGUUGUAAUCCGCAAUGUCCUCCACCUAUUAUACCUAAACAACGUCCAAUUUGUCCAAGAGCUCCUCCCCCUCAAUACCCUUGCAUUCCUGUCGGCCGUAGCUGCUGCCCUGAUUGUGAAUUAGAUCCUGUCACUCGAAGAAGGCCGUUAAUAGUUCAUGACAGCGUUUUUGCUAAUAGGCCAUCAGGUUUACCUGCGGAAUGUUUCACAAGGCGAAACCCUAACGUUAGAUAUUCUGUCACUAAUUACGUUAGACAGGGGCCUCAAUCUGGAUGCUGUUACCACGUCAAUGUACCUCUUCGGUAGUAAAUAACUAUGCAAAAAAUAUGUAUGUGUUAAAAAAAAGCAAGUGUUUGUAUUUUUAAUUUUAUUAUUGCAAUGUUUCUACGUUUUUGAUGAUUAAAAUUAUAGCUAAAAA